CCAACGUUUGAUUUCAAGCAUGUGAUGAUUUAGAAUGUUUUUACUUUCAUUUUUAAAGUUUUUGUAGAUCUUGUGCCAUCUCUUGGGAUUCAGCUUAACUCAGGGAAAAACAAAUAUACCCGAGUCUAGAUAAAAAUCAGAGAAUCACUAACCUAGCGAGGAGCAUUAGUCUUCUUUGUGAAGCUUCCUGAGCUGUUUCAGUUGCUAAGAUUUCCAGGAUUGAAGAACACACAGCAAACGCCUUGAAAUCAUGGAUCAUCCCGCGACCGCGAGAAUCGCUAUCAUUGGAGCAGGUCCAAGUGGAUUGUCUCAAAUGAGAGCGUUCGCCUUGUUAGAGUCAAGUGGCCAGAAAAUUCCGGAGAUUGUUUGUUUUGAAAAGCAAAACGAUUGGGGUGGGAUGUGGAAUUACACGUGGAGAACGGGAUUCGAUAAAUACGGAGAACCUGUACACGGAAGUAUGUAUCGCCAUUUAUGGUCGAACGCACCUAAAGAAUGUCACGAAUUUGCCGACUAUAGUUUCGAUCAUCAUUUUUCAAAAUCAAUCCCGUCUUUCAUACCGCGGGAAGCAUUCCGUGACUACAUUCUUGGGAGAGCUGAAGAAUCAAAUAUGCGACGGUGUAUUCAAUUCAAUACCGUGGUAAGUUAUGUGGAGUUUGACCGCGAGAAAGAAAUUUUUCAUGUCCGAAAGAAGAAUCUAACUACGGGGAAAAGCAGCAUCGAGGACUUUGAUUAUGUUAUUGUUGCCGUUGGCCAUUUUUCGAUGCCAAAUGUCCCUUACGUAGAGGGGAUAGAAACGUUCCCCGGCCAAGUCAUUCAUAGUCACGACUUUCGCGAUGCUAGACAAUUUGCUGAGCAGAGCAUCCUUGUUAUUGGUGGAAGUCUUUCCGCCGAAGAUAUCGCAUUGCAAACAUUUAAAUUUGGUGCCAAAUCCAUAACCAUCAGUUACCGAACGAAGCCCAUUGGAUGCAAAUGGCCGAGUAAAAUCGAAGAAAAGCCACUCCUUACCAGAAUGGAAGGAAGAUCAGCUCAUUUUCCUGAUGGGAGUGAACGCGACUUUGACUCCAUCAUCCUUUGUACCGGCUAUAAACAUCAUUUUCCUUUUUUGAAUGACGACCUAAGGCUUGUCACUACGAAUUGUUUCUACCCUAGCCAGCUCUAUAAAGGUAUUUUCUUCCAAGAACAGCCACGUCUGAUAUACCUUGGAAUGCAAAAUUUAUACUUCAGCUUAUCGCUAUUCGAUGCUCAGACAUGGUAUGUUCGGGAUGUCAUACUUGGCCGGAUACCAUUUCCAAAUAAAUUACAGCGCGCAGAAGACAUGUUGUCGUGGAAAACUCGUGAGGAAAAAAUUAAAGAUAAACUAGACGCGUUAGAUUUUCAAACAGCCUACUUGAAAGAACUGACUAGUGCUACUGAUUAUCCCCUUGAUGAUUUGCGUUUAAGUGGAACAGCAGCUACAUUUAAAAACUUCCUGGACGAUAAAGAGUCGAACAUUAUUAAUUAUCGCGACAAGCAAUAUACUUCAUCGAUUACAGGCACUAAAGCGGUAAUGCACCCAACUCCAUGGAUGGAAGUAAACAAUUACUCAAGCGUUGAUUUUCUAUAAACGUACUGUACAUAUUAUUAUAAUACUUU